GUCGGUAAACACGAGUGUGCCGCGCACACACGGGGAGGACCUGGUCAGUCACCUGUGUAGUAGUCGGUCACGGCGGUCACGUCUGGAGACCUCUACCUGUCCGUGCUGUUCCACACACCUGAAGGACUUCGCCUUCAAACACCUGUACGUCCAGGAAGGGAUAUGGGAGAACACAGGUAGUACAGAUCUGUGAUCCGCGAUGCCACCGUUCCGCCAGGAGUCCGACCCCCGGGCUAACACCCCUCCCCCUCGGGCCCGCUCCUCCCUCUGGGAGGCGGUGUUCCGGCGGAAGCUGAUCGGGCCCUCCACGUUCCGGUCCCCGCUGAGGCGAUGCCUGGAGGCCCGGGACCUGAUGGCCCUGGGGCUGUCGGCGGUGCUCGGUACGGGGAUAUACAUUACGGUGGGACUGGUGGCCAGGCAACACGCAGCCUGGUUUUUGUCAGUCCCAAGAUGUUCAUAUUCUUUUUCUGUCCAUACAGGUCCGGCAGUGCUGGUGUCCUUCGUAGUAGGAGGCCUGGCCGCCUUCCUGACCAGUCUGUGCCAAGCCGAGUUCGUAGCACGGCUCCCAUUGGCCGGCGCCACCUACACGUACAUCUACGUCACGGUAGGCGAACUGUGGGGCUUUCUUAUUGGCUGGAACACUGUGAUGGAGCUAACGGUGGCGCUGGCGUUCGUGGGUCGCACCUGGAGUUCACACCUGGACGCCUUGUGCGGUCACGCCAUCAGUAUCUACCUUAAGGCCCACGUGGCUACCUGGGACCUCACGCCUUUAGCUGACUUUCCUGACUUCUGCGCGUUCGGCGCGGUGUUGCUAACUGUGCUGUUCGUCAUCAUAGGAGCUAAGAUAUCGAGUUGGGUUUCCGCCAUCUUUAUUUCCAUCAACUUCGUGGUCAUCAUCUGCGUCAUCGUUGCGGGCGCGUUCGCGUCACACCUGGGAAACUGGACGGAGGCUGAGUUCGCGCCAUUUGGGUGGGAGGGCGUCAUAACCGGCGCCGCCAUCGCCUUCAGCUGCUUCACCGGACUCACCGUCAUCCUGACGUCAGCGGAAGAGACGCAUGAAGCUAACACGUCACUUCCGGGAUCCUUGAUCAUGACGGUGGUGACGUCACUUCCGCUAUACAUAGGAGUGUCCGUUAUAUUAACAAUGAUAGUGCCAUGGGACUCGAUUGACGUAACGUCACCAUUGCCGAGCGCUUUUCUGAACCACGGACGUAACUGGCGCUGGGCGUGGUAUCUGACGACAGCCGGGUGUCUGUCGGCCAUGUUGGCUGCGCAGGUCGCCAUUUUGGUGGCCCUGUCGCGGACCGUGUAUUCUCUAGCAGCUGACGGGCUCUUCUUCUCCUUCUGUGGGAAGGUGAGCAGGACGACGCAGGUGCCCGUGGUGGCCGCGCUGAUUUUCGGCGGGGUGGCGUCGUUCCUGGCCUUGGUGCUGGACGUAGAGUCGCUGGUGAAGUUCGCGUCCAUGGGGUCGCUCCUGUCGUACAUCGUGCUCCCGAUGUGCUCCAUCAUCUCGCGAUACCAGCCGCCGUUACCGCACGAGAUCCCGCACAUCCAGUACCAGUGGGUGCAGCAGCAGAUGCGCGAGCACGCCUACGACACCGAACCGCCUCGGGUUUCCUCGGAAGACUUCGUGAACGAGUUCGGCCCGAGGUUCCGCCGAGUCGGCGAGCUCAGAUCGACGUCAAGGUACUUAGACUGCAUCAAGAACCUUCCCGCCGGUCACGUGAUCACCACGUGCAUCCUGUCCCUCACUAUCGUGCUCGUCGGCUGCAGUGUCCUGGUCAAGCAUGCGCAGUGGGAACCUGUGACGUCACACUGGUGGGUGUUCUUGCUGCUGACGCUGCUGCUGGCUGCCAUGGCAACCAUACUGGCCGUGAUCUUCGCACAUCAUCAGAACGAGGACAUUCCGACCUUCAGGUUACGGAUGAUCCCGUUCGUCCCGGCGCUGUCCCUGUGUCUGAACGUGCUGCUGGUGGUGCACCUGGACGGGAAAACCUGGGCACGCUGCGCCACGUGGAUCGGAAUAGGUCUGCUCCUGUACUUUGGGUAUGGAUUUCGCCACAGCAAAGCACUGACCCAUCCCCACGCACCCCUUCCCGAAGAGUGGGUCCGCCCGCCCCGGGGAAGGCUUUUCCACAGGGAGGACUUCGUCUUGGUGGAACAGCCGCCUUCCCGAAUCCGGGACGACAUUGUCUUAUUUGAUAGAACUCAACAACGCGAUGACGUCACCGCCAUGGUACGGGACGAUAUGCUGAGAAGCAUUCCCGAUGACGAUGAUGACGAAGAAGAGCGCCCCCUACUGCCCGAAGGAUGGAACCGCAAGGGAAAGAAACAAAAUAGAGGGGAACACUUAGAGAGGGAACCAGUGGUGUUCUAUGACUCGAACAUUUAGAUUCAAGAGUGAAAUUUAAGAAAAGAGAUUGUGACUUGUUAGAACGCUACAUAUAUGUCUAUGCAACUAUUUGUGCAAUAAAAAUAA